AUGAAUAUCCAGAAAAAGGCUAACUUAGUAAUUUUUAUACACGGAUUUAAAGCAAGUUCCCUUUCAGCAAAGGGCAUGUAUCUUAAAGAAUAGUUUGAAGAUUUUAUUAAUCCUUCGCUUCCUAUUUCUCCAAAAUUGCAAUUUAUAACUCUUGAUUAAUUAGUCUAAGCUUUUUCUUAAUUUUAUCACUAGAUUACAUUAAUUGGAAGUUCUUUAGGUGGGUUUUUAUCUAUAUGCUUGUUAAAAAAAUAUCCCAAUUUAUGCAAAGUAGUUUUGAUUAAUCCAGCAGUUCAUUGUGAAGUAACUUUAUCUAAGUAUAUUGGUGAAAAUGAAGAUUUUGGUGGCACAAAGUUUGUAUUAAAUAAUACUCAUAUUUAGGAAUUAUCAGAUUUAAAGACUACAUUAGAUGAGUAAACUUAAAAAGAGAGAGUAUUGCUUCUUGUCUAAACAGGUGAUUAACUGCUAGAUUAUAAAGAAGCACUUUAGUAUCUUCCUCAUGCAUAAACAGAUAUUUAUCAAGGAGGAGAUCAUUCCUAUAUUAAUUUAGAUUAAAAAAUGGAUUUGAUAAAAAAUUUUGUUAACUCUGUCUGA